UGCAUUCUGCAUAGUCAGCUUGAGCGGCGAGGUGUUCGGCCGAAGUCUGGCUGACAACGUUGAGAUGCCCAUGUUAGAGUUCAAGCGGUGUGCGUUGGACCCCGAUGAAGCGGAGACAUCAACAUCCCACUUGCAUUCAUAGAACCCCAGAAACCAGGGACAUCCGUGUCAAGAACCUGGUUGCCGGUAUUUUGAUGGAGGCCAUAGCGUUGGCGCUGGGCUUAGACUGUCUGGACUUGGAAUCUCGGCGCCGAGGUCCUCGAACCUUUACCUAGAUCAUGCUAUGAAGGUCUGGGCAUUGCCUCCCCUUAGACCUGAUUCCGAAGUCUUAUAAGAAGACUCUUUCUGAAUACUGCUGGUGAUUAUCUUUUCUACUCGGUAAGUGCUUGAAUGCAUGCGCUUACCGGCAUCGAAUCUCUUACAAAGUCCGUACAAGAUUCCAUUUGCGAUUACCACUUCACCUCAUUGAAUCUAUCGGCAACAUGUCGACCAUUAACUACUAUGAGCGUAUAACCGAGGUCUAUCGUUUGGACAAUACUCCAAUUUUGAUCGCUUCUGCCGUUAGCUUCAUCAUCGGCUACCUCCAGUACACCUACGUUGUCCGGCUCACUCUACGUGAAGGAAAGGGCCCAAUGCCCUUCUGGAUGCACUCAUUCUACCUCGCCCACGACUCGACAUGGUCCUACACUCUCGGCAAAGCUGCUUCACAGUACGGGGAGCACUGGUACCUGAGAGGCAACUCGAUAGCGCUCUUCCUCUGGACGAUGCUUGAAGUAUGGACUAUCCAUCGAUCCAUCACCAAAGAGCGCGAUGCCAGCUUUGGGAAUAUCCUCGGAAAGCAGCCAUCAAUGUAUGCAGCCAUUACAUACGCCCUGGCGUUGCAGAUGGGCAUGUACUCAGUCGUGCUUCUGGCUAUUGAGUUCAUGGGUGAGGGAUCCGUCAUGCAAUGGUUCUGCUUCACCAACGUCCUAAUUGUCCUUGGGCCAACUCAUCACUACUUGAGAGCUGGCUCCCGGCAUGGACUGUCUCUCGGCUUCUGCGUCGUCAACAUCAUCGGCACCAUCUGGACCUUUGCACCUUUCGGGUUCUUUGUGCUCACUAUUCCGGAAAUUUUCGAUCAACAGUUGUACUAUAUCAUUGGGGUUAUCCUCACAGUGUAUUCCGUUGGGUGUUUCCAUGUGGUAUCCCAAUAUCCGAGCAAAACUAGAGUAAUGGACAAGGGUGGGAAGCAGCCAAUCUGGUAGGGGUAGCUGAUGGAUGUUGUUAAUAGGCUUUUCAUCUAUGCGGCCAGCCUCACAUUGCAAGCUCUAGUGGGUGUAGAUGAUGAAUCGGUAGAAAGAUGAAUGCAAGGGUUCUAGUAUCAAUUACAAAGAAUCAAGGGUUUAUGAAAAAAAAUGAAAUGAAAAUUAAUGACUUAAGCGCAGCUUUCACGAUCGAUAAGAUGAGAUGUUGAUGUG